AUGGAGUUCUUCGCCGGCCGAGGCGUAGUGGCGGCUGCGUCCGACGACGAAGGCGGCGGCAGCCGCUUCGCCGAGCCUCCGCAGCACGGAGACUCGUCGAUGCUGGUGAUCAGGGACGCGCUGCUGUCGCAGCUCCAGAAGGACCGCCUCCGCCAGGAGAUCAUCAUGGCCGAGCUUGCCAGGAUAGAGCGCGCCAUGGCCCUGCGCUCCGCCGGCGGCGAACGGGCUGAUCCGGUGCGCCUCCCCUCGAACGGGCAUGGCGUCGGCGCGGAUGAGACUAUGCUGCCCAAGGAGACCCCGCCAUCAUCAAUUAAAUGGAGUUGCGCCAUCUGCCAGGCAAAAGCAACCAGUGAGGGCAACUUACUGCAGCAUUUUGCCGGGCAGAAGCACCAGUCGAAAGUAGCAGCUCUGGUAUCCAGAAAAAAUGCCAAUUUUCAGAAGGCAACGCCGACAGCAGAGGAAGCAAGGAACGUGAGGCAAUAUGCAGCAGAAAGGCCACAUCCAACAUGGCUUUGGAGGUUCUGCCAAUCCAAUUGCACUAGCAAAUCAGACCUGGAGAACCACCUGAGAGGCAAGAGGCACAAUGCAAAGAUCCAAGCCCUGCUGGAAGAAUGCAAGAACAUGAUGAUGAAUUUCGGGUCGACAGAACUGAAGCCGUAUCCGACCAAUGUGACAAAGGAUGAAGAGAACACGGCAUCGACAUGGAACUGCAGCCUUUGCCAAGCCAAGUGCACUCGUCAGUCAGAGUUGGAGAACCACCUCAAGGGCAAGCGACACCAACUGAAUUUUCUGGUUCUACAGGUAGAAGCACAACAAUACGUUUCGGAUUGGCGUUGUGGAAUCUGUCUGGCCAAAUGCAAGUCUGCAUCUCAAUUUGAGGAUCACUGCAGUGGCAGAGGGCACAAGCAAAAGAUAGAUGCUCUUCUGAGAGGAGGCACUAAUGCGAGAUCCAGUGCCUUCCAGGCUGAGAAGAAGCCACCUUCAGAUGGUUCUAACAUCAAGGGUGGAAUCUCAGAGACGGGGGCGCAGAGCACACUGUAUUUUUGCAAGCUCUGCAAUUUGCACUGCAACAGCAAGAACACGCUUGCUGAACAUCGACGGGGGAAGAAGCACAUCGAGAAGGUGGAGAAACGGAUGUCAUUGAGUUAUUGUGUGGUCUGCAAUUUGCAGUGCAACAGCGAGAAAAUGCUUGCUCACCAUUGUACGGGGAAGACACAUCUAGCAAAGGUCAAUGGCUGCUGAUUGGAAAUCUGCAGAGCAAGAUUCUGGUACCAUCUUUCAUUUUAGGAACCGACUAGGAUAUGUGUUCAUGCAGUACUAUCUAGUAUGCUCAUCUGUUGCUCAUGCUAUGUUAUUGAUGUUUUUGAAGUGGGGUGGUCUCUAACACAAAUCUUUAACUUUGACCACCCUUCUGCAUACUGGAUCUGUAUAAAAAGUAUUUUCCACAAGCUA